AUGGCCGUCCAAGCUGAAGCGCGAUGCUCGCGGCCAGAGAUCGAGUCCGCCGUCCGCAGCCCUUGGGCAUGGACUUUGCAUAAGCAGCAAUCGCCCCCCGCGCGCAGGGCCGUCGAAUCAAUCCAGGGCAUCCGCCCUGAAGUCCAGGAGGCUAUAACGGCGGCGGUCGACAACUGCCUCACAGCCACCCAUCUGCCGCUGCCCGGCCGGCGACAGGGCAAGGUGCGCGACACGUACGACCUGGGGGACCGCGUAGUCAUCGUGACUACGGACCGCCAGAGCGCGUUUGACCGCCUGCUGGCCUCCAUCCCAUUCAAGGGCCAGGUGCUCAACCAGACCGCGGCCUGGUGGUUUGACCAGACGCGCCACAUCGUGCCCAACGCGCUGCUGGCCACGCCGGACCCCAAUGUGGCGGUGAUGAAGAAGUGCAGCGUGUUCCCAGUGGAAUUUGUCGUCCGCGGCUUCAUGACGGGCAGCACGGACACCUCCCUCUGGACGCACUACAACGCGGGCGCCCGCACGUACUGCGGAAACUCGUUCCCCGACGGCAUGCGCAAGAACCAGCGGCUGGACAAGAACGUCAUCACACCCACCACCAAGGCGGAGGACCACGACGUGCCUGUGUCACCCGAUGACAUCAUCAGCCAGGGCAUGAUGAGUGCAGAGGACUGGGCAGCAGCCAGCGGCGCGGCCCUGGCGCUGUUUGAGUUUGGCCAGAAGGAGGCCGCGAAGCGUGGCCUGCUGCUGGUUGACACCAAGUACGAGUUUGGGAAGGAUGCGGAUGGCACCAUCAUGCUCAUAGAUGAG